GCAAAAGUUAGAUUUUCAGGAAAGACUGUAAAGUUGAGUUGAGUUGAGUCUCAUGAGUUGAGUCUGAGUUGAUUCUAUUAUUUAGCUAUAGGCUAAUGACAAGAUUUACCCUAACCCUCUUUUAGUUAAAUGCCUUUAAGAUCGUACACCUGACGUUACUUCGGCUUAUCUUAUCAUGAGGCGAAAUAAAGAAUAAUGUCUUUGCAUCGUAAAGCAUCUAAUGAUACAGCACCAGCAGAGAGAUUUGCAGAUUAUUUCGUUGUUUGUGGUCUAGAUGAAGUUGAAGGACUUGAACCUCACCAGUCCGGUGAAUCUGACUUGAGUGCACUAACACCUUUGCAGUUAUCUUACAAGCCAAAUGUGUUGUGGCACUAUCCUGAGAAUGAUCCUACAAAUGUAUUUGAUCCUGAUGGCAUAAAAAUUCUUUGUAUGCCACGUGGUUGUUACUUUCGGAAAACUAUUGCCAAGAAAAAAGAAAGGUUCCAUUCUUUCUUGCAAACAAGAGAAGAUGGUACAAAAAUUUAUGGCUUUGUCUUGACGUUUUAUGAAAGGAUUAAAAACGAUAAAAUGGUUCUUGCUAUGGAUACUCUGUUUCGUAUGUUCGAUAACGAAUCUUUGUUAAAAUCACCCAGUCGGAGUUCUAAACAAGAAUCUAAAGAGAGUCGCCUGAAAAGAACACGUAGUUAUUAUUCUUACAGUAAGGAACGAGAGGAAUUAUAUGUUACAAAAUGUAUAUGUUUAGUUAUGAAAAAACCAUAUGUAACAAUUGCUCGACGAUGUCUGGAGAAUAUUUUAUACACUGCUUUAAAUGAAACAGAAAGCACUUUUCCAGUUGAAAGUUAUAUAUAUAAUGUCUUGUACGAGAUACCAUCGCCUCCACCAGGUCGAGCCAUGAAAUAUAUUUCACUGGAAGGUGAUCCAGUUAUUGUAUUAAAUCCAAACGUAAAUGAACUUCCCUUUUUUGACUAUUCAAUGAUAGAAGUUUUAAUGACAUUGGGUUUUGAUAAUUUGGUUGAUUUGUUUACAUGCAUGCUCCUGGAACAUCAAAUUUUGUUUCUUUCAAAUGAUAUACAUAAGUUAAUGCUGAUUGCAGAAUCUUUAACUGCGCUAUUCUUUCCUUUGUUAUGGCAACAUGUUUAUGUACCUGUUCUUCCACCAUCUUUGCUUCAUUUUCUUGAUGCACCAGUUCCGUUUAUAAUGGGGUUGUAUUACGAGACAGAAGAAGAAAAAAAUAGACUGGAAAUUCCAUGUGAGGGCGGUUUAUGCUUACUAGACAUUGACAACAAUGAGAUACAGCUUCCUCAAGAAAUACCUGAACUUCCCGGUCGAACGGAUCUUAUAAAUGAACUAAAAGCAAUGGCAACUAAAUAUGGAAUACACCCACCUGAAGGUUCAAUCUCUUUUAAAAAUGAAUUAUCAGGAAGUGCUCAAUCUGGAUUAGAUUCAACUUUAGAUCAAACACACUCUGAUUCUGAACAGAGCUCUUCCCUUGACACCUCCUUGACAGAUCAUUCACUUACAGGCACUUGGCCAAGAAAAAAAAAUAGAUCAGGCCAAGAAAAUGGACAGGGAAUGAUCGGAUCACCUGCUAUUAACAGAAGAAUGGCAUCUGCCAAUUCACCUUUGACUGCCAGAAAAAAAUUUCCUGCCAGCAACUGGGCGGGUGAGAUGACUCCCCAAGUGCAUAGAGAUGCAACUGACAACUAUGCACCUAAUAAUGGUUUAGUAGAUGAUAAUUCGUCUUCAAACUCUUCUCCUCGUCCUGUGAAUCCAAGACUUGCAGCUAUGAUGGCGCUAGCUGAGAAAGCAGGACUAAAUACCACAGAGAUACUUAAAAAUCAGAAAAUUCAAGAAAACAGUGUUUCCGAGAAUUUGUCAAAAAAAGAUGAUUUAUUUGUGCUGAAUACUCGUGCCUUAACAGUAUCACGUAAACAGCAACACGAAAAUGAAUUUAAUAUUGUUGUCAGAGAACUUUUUGUUAACUGCUUUACUCAAAUGCUUGUGGACUAUGAGCAUUUUGUUAUACUGCCAAGACAAACCAAAGAAGAUUGGCUAAAUAACCGUGAACAUAUGCAAAAUUUUGAUAAAGCUUCUUUUCUAUCUGAUCAAUCUUUUUUAAAUCUUCCAUUUAUGACAUUAUUUGUUGAAAGCCAAGGUUUUGCUAGUUUGAUAGACAUGAAAAUUAUGGCAUUGUGGGAAGAAUGUGAUCCAAGAUUAACUUAUUUCGACAAACGUAUUGAUAAACUAAAAGUUAAACUUGGGAUAAUAAGAAGCCAUGCUUACGAAAAAUGCACCAGUAUAAAUUCUGCUGUUGAGACGUACGUAAAAAGAUGCAGUCAUAUUGAUCACAACGCAGCUCAACCACACGCAUUGAAAGUUGAGAUUACACGAGAAAGAGCAAAUGGAUACUUUCCAAUUCCAGAAAAAGCUGGCAUGGUGGAAACGAAAAGAAAAAAAGCUGGCAGGAUAAAUUGGCGUAAACGAGACAAAUUGCAACAACAGAACGAACAUAUUUCAAUAAACGAAGCAAUUAAAGUUAGUCAUGCUGAAGGUCAAAAAAUUAAAGAGAAGCUUGCUGAAAAAGUCAAGAAAUAUAUGCAAGAAAGUAAAAUGAUCACCAAAGACACAUCAGCAGUUGCAGGUGGUGCUCACAAAACAUUGUCUGCAUUUGCUGAUAAGUUACUGAAAGAGUGUAAAAUAAAGACCAAACGACUGGUUGUACUGAAGUUAGGCCAGGAAGCUGUAGAACUUGGCCAUGCUGGUUCCAACACACUUGGUAUUGAGGAAAACACGUUAAUUGCAAGUCUAUGUGAUUUGUUGGAACGUGUAUGGAGUCAUGGUGUACAACUAAGAAAAUUAGAAUUUGGCGGUAAGGAAUCAUCUAGAUCUAAGUUCGUGCAACGAAUGAGACAGUCAAAAUCAGCUCUGUGGUCGCAUUUGAUAGCGUUCUAUCAGAAGGAGAGUGAAAGGCUUGCUGCUGUGUAUGGUCUCUCAAAUGUUGAAAAUGUAGCCGAGGAAAUUAAAAAACUUAUUGUGGAAGCCAACAAACAGCCACCAAAAAAACACAGCACCGUGGACGCACUUACUGAAAAUCUAACUAGAGCUAUUCGCAGUAAAAGUCCCGACUUUGAUAACGAAGCAUCGCAAAAUAAAGAAUUGGAACGCCUCAUGGAAGAACACGCACCCACCUCACUACCGAACACGCCCACCAUGCCCAGUGCGGAAUCAAGACGCCAACAAGAACUUUUGGAUAGAGUUGGAUUUUUAAAUAAUUUAAAGACAGUUAUCGACAUGAAGGAAAUAAAAACAGACACUGGAUAUGCUAGAGCCUGGACCCGACUUGCUUUAGAGAAAAAAGUUCUCGCCAAAGAGCUUAAACUUUUAUUAAGUCAAAAGAAAUUGCUCAAUUCACGUUAUAAAGAAUACUCUUUCAUAAGAACAGACGAUGAAAUGGAGCAGUUUCUGUAUCAUUUGCUCUCACUCAAUGCUGUUGAUUUUUACUGCUUCACCAACGGUUUCUCAAGCACGAUGACCACAUACAAAGUUCAUAUUCUUCUUGGUAAAAACAUGGGUUCAGCUAGCACUGCUAAUUGUUGGAUCAAUCUGUCUGGUAGUUUGGCAAAUACUGGGACCAUUGCUAUACCCAGAGGUGACUUAGAGUUCCGCUUUAUGCACAAGAACCUGGGCAUCUUAACUGCUUUAAGGAUCGGUCAUGACAACACUGGUUUGUCACCUGGCUGGUUUAUUGACUUUGUUGCCAUAACAAACGAAGUUACAGGUCAGCUGUACAGAUUUCAGUGCGGUCGUUGGCUAGCAAAAAGUCAAGACGAUGGUAGUACCGAAAGAUUGCUUAUUGCUGAAAUGGUGAAUUUAAAAAGGAUGAAUGAAAAGAGAACAAAUUCCACUUUGUGUCUUGGCAUCUCAGACAAACCACCUGUCCCUGCAACUCUACCAACAGUUCGAAGAAUGACGUUAUUUUCAAAGAAAUUAACUUCAGGUGACGUUCAAGAAAAGGUGGCUGACGCCGUCAACAAUAUCGUCAAAUUUUUUUAUAAAGACAGUGACGAUAACAUGACGGACUUACUCUGCGGCGAGGGCGGAUUCUGUGAUGCGUUACAACUUGUCUUUCAAUAUGGCUUUAAAUCGAGCAGGUUAUUUGGGAAGAAGCUCUUUGUAUGGGAUUACAUAGAAAGAGUGCACGAAGAUUUCGUAGGAGUAGCUACUCGAUUAGUGUCAGCUGAAGAAUUGAACUUGCGAACAUCUUUUUGUACUGUUGUACAGACAAUAAACACUGCAGAUUUAUCUAUCGGCAAGAAUCAGAAGUUUCAGGUCUUUAUUUGCUUUGGUUUAAGGGGUCAUCACCUAAAGACGUGGUUCAAAUUACUGCAUGAGUCAUCAGUAACCUCACAGAUGUACGAAAGCUCUUCAUUCUUUCGUGACGUCAAUUUUCUGAAUUUUCUUAUCGACGUCUUAGAAGCCUUGGCUGAAUUUGAUGUCGUACUUGACAAGUCUAUUACAAGGGGAAUUAAAAUGAAAUAGGUGGUGUGUUCGCAUAACAUGAUCGGUGCAAUGUUUUCUGUGUUGGACAGUACUGCUAAAUUAUGCAGUCAAAGAACGCUUCAAAUAUGCUAAAGGUUUCAUUGCUAAAUGAACGUAAACUCUAAAAUUUAUACAAAUAAUAGGCUAAUAUUCAAAGUAUAAUAUGAUGGAAUAGUUUAUAUAGUUCAAAUUUUUGUACAGAUUAUUCUUAUACAAAUCCA